CACGUUUGUUUGAAUCCAGACGAGCUGCUGCUGACGUGACACGUUUGAUAAAUGAGCUGUGACACGCAGUGCUGGGCUGAUAAAAGACAACAGGGUUCAUCUUGAUUCUCUGCUGCAGCUAAUGGGAUUACGGGCUCUUGUUCUUUUACUGAUGCAAUUAAAACGUGGAGGCGAUUCAGAGCGUUCAGCCAGCGACCUAAUUGAAUGCGUCUCCUAAAGAGGCCUUAACGCCCUGUUUGCAUAAAGGACAAUUAACCCGCAAUAAAUGACCGGGAGUCUUGAAAACAAGACUUGUAGUGUGGUUGUAGGAGGCUUCUGCAAGCAGCUCGAAGUCGUCUAGUUUUCUGUCCAAACCCGAGUGUUGGGUCACUUCUGAUUGCAGGGACGCGUUCAGCAAGCGGCGCCUUGUGUGAGGAGGCUCGGGCUCUCUGGAGGGAUGGGGGCUGUUUUUGUGUGGGGGGUGCAGCGGGGUAACAGAAGCCCUCCUCUCUCCUCCCUCCCCUCCCCUCCCCUCCCCUCCCCUCUCCUCCCUCCUCCUGCCCUCCUGGCCGCUCUCGGACCAUUGUUGUUGUGCCUGCCGUUCGCGGAGCAGCAGUGUGCUGCGGGAGGGUCGCUGUGUGAAGGACGCACUCGUUCGCUCCGCUCUUGUCAGUCUCUCUGCUGUACGGUCGGACUGAGGAGGCUGAGCUCCACGUUUCAGCGGCGGAGCUCACAUCUCCACCGGAUUAAACCCACCAGGCGAGGAGGAUCUACGGGAGCGCUGCGUAAAGACGCACGUUAAGAGUUUAACCAAGAGGGGACUGUGGGCUGCGGGGCACGUUUUGUCACCGUCUCUUAUCUCUGUCGAUCUCUUUCUCUCGCCGUAUCGUAUCUUUUCUGUUUCUUAACCAACGUUUUCAGAGCGAGAAGGGACUAGUUUUCACUCGCGCUCUCGCUCGGUUCGCUUUGAUUUCUCUCCAUGGAUUUAGCGCCCUGAGCGGCCGGCUGCAGUGGACUUUGCCCAGGGGAUCGCAGCUCCUUCCUCCGGCCAGCAGCAGAGCCCGGCAGCUGUCGUUCGUGUUCCAGGGGGGCUGUUUUUGAUGGAUUUAUAAGCUCGGCUUUGUUUUCAGCUCACACUUUGCUUUGGAAAAAGACGCAAGGGCUCCAAAUGAGGAUUUCAGUAUUGACCCGCGUCGACCGGGACGAGGAGUGAGUUGUCCCCUGCUGCCAGUCAUCAGUGCGAGGACACACCGGGAGGAAAGGAUCCAGCUUUAGUGACAUUGUGGGUUUCUGACGUUUUCCGAUGCCAGAGACCGGAGUGUGAGGCCCACCCCAGGCUUCAAAAAGAACGUUUGUGCCCUUUGACCGCCAGACAAACGCAUCACGUCGAGAAGAUGGAGAAGGUCUGCACGUUCUGCGUUCUCCUGCUCUGUCUGGUGGGCAGAACCUCGGCCAGGGCCGUCGACGAAGGAAGAACCAAAGAUCUUCGGGUCUCCAGGCCUCUGAUAGUGCCGGGUUACCCAGAAAACACCACGGGCGUGGUGGGUGGUCAGGCCAAGCUGGUGUGUAAAGUCCACCGGCCUGCGUCCACCAAAGUGCAGUGGCUGAAGGCGGAGGCCAGCGCACCAAGCCAGAGCCAGGGAGGACCGCCUCGCCUUCGGGCUCUGACGGCCCUGGAGAGCAACGCGUCCAAGGUGAACACUUUGCAUCUAUCCAACAUCACUCUGGAGGAUGCAGGAGAGUACAUCUGCAUGGCCGAGAACACCCACGGGGGUCAGAUGGUACAGGCCAUGCAGUCGGCGUGGCUGGAGGUCCUGCCUGGCACAAUCAUCUCCCAAACUGUGGACCUGGCUGCUUCUGAAAUCCCCCCAGAUGUUCUUGAGGAACUGAAUGAAGACACGUCAGAGCAUCUUCUGCUGGAGCCGGGCAACGUCCUCAAACUGCGCUGUGACAUGAGCACCCGACCCGGCAUGGCUGUGAGCUGGUACAAGGAGGGAAGCCGGGUUCUGCCCACGCCCCGCAUCCAGAUGCGCGGCGCCAUCAUGGAGAUCACAGACGUAACGUACGAGGAUUCAGGCGUUUACGUUUGUGUUCUCCGAGGAAACAAAGAGCCUGUGAGGAACUUCACCAUCACUGUGGCAGACUCGUUGGGGUCGGGGGAUGAUGAUGAGGACAACGGCUUGGAGGACUCGUCGGCUGAGAUCGAAAAUGAUCAAGUUUACUUCUCCAGAGGUCCCUACUGGACCCACACACAGCGCAUGGAAAAGAAGCUGUAUGCCGUUCCUGCAGGGAACACAGUGAAGUUUCGUUGUCCCGCCAUGGGCAGCCCCAUGCCAAGCAUUCGCUGGCUCAAAAAUGGCCGUGAAUUUAGAGGAGAGCACCGCAUUGGAGGCAUCAAGCUGAGACACCAGCACUGGAGCCUGGUGAUGGAAAGUGUUGUGCCUUCAGACAGAGGAAACUACACCUGCGUGGUGGAGAACAAAUAUGGCUCCAUCUCUCACAGCUACGUCCUCGAUGUCCUCGAACGUUCCCCACACAGGCCCAUCCUGCAGGCAGGCCUGCCAGCCAACACCACAGCAGUGGUGGGCAGUGACGUCCAGUUCCAGUGCAAAGUCUACAGCGACGCCCAGCCGCACAUUCAGUGGCUCAAACACAUAGAAAAGAAUGGUAGCCGCUACGGCUCUGAUGGGUCGCCCUACGUUCAGAUCCUGAAGACCGGCAGCCUGAACAUGUCAGAGGUGGAGGUGCUCUACCUGUCCAAAGUGACCAUGGAGGAUGCAGGAGAGUACACCUGUCUGGCUGGAAAUUCAAUCGGAUUUGCCCACCAGUCUGCCUGGCUCACCGUCAUCUCAGAGGAGGAAGCAGCAGACGCUAUGGACACCAUGGAGACCAAGUACACCGACAUCAUCAUCUACGCCUGCGGUUUCCUGGCUCUGAUCAUGGCCAUCGUGAUCGUGGUGUUGUGUCGAAUGCAGGUCCACCCCAGAAGGGAGCCGUUUGAUGCUCUCCCUGUCCAGAAGCUCUCCAAGUUUCCUCUUCGCAGACAGUACUCAGUGGAGUCCAACUCGUCAGGGAAGUCCAGUGCGUCGCUGAUGAGGGUGGCUCGCCUCUCGUCCAGCUGCUCCCCCAUGCUGGCUGGAGUCAUGGAGUUUGAACUGCCCUACGACCCGGACUGGGAGUUCCCCAGGGAGAAUUUAACGUUGGGCAAACCUCUGGGAGAAGGCUGCUUCGGUCAGGUGGUCAGAGCUGAGGCCUACGGCAUCAACAAGGACUGUCUGGAUCAGGCCACCACUGUGGCAGUUAAGAUGCUCAAAGAUGACGCCACAGACAAAGAUCUGGCAGACCUCAUCUCAGAGAUGGAGCUGAUGAAGGUGAUGGACAAACACAAGAACAUCAUCAACCUGCUCGGAGUCUGCACACAGGAUGGUCCUCUGUAUGUGCUGGUGGAGUACGCCUCCAAAGGCAGUCUGAGGGAGUACCUGCGGGCCCGGCGACCCCCAGGCAUGGACUACACCUUUGAUGUGACCAAGGUGCCCGAGGAGCAGCUCACCUUCAAAGACCUGCUGUCCUGUGCCUACCAGGUUGCCAGAGGGAUGGAGUACCUCGCCUCCAAAAGGUGCAUCCACAGAGAUUUGGCAGCAAGAAACGUUCUGGUGACGGAGGACAACGUGAUGAAGAUCGCUGACUUCGGCCUGGCCAGAGGAGUCCACCAGAUCGACUACUACAAGAAAACCACCAACGGACGGCUGCCGGUGAAGUGGAUGGCACCAGAGGCCUUGUUUGACAGAGUCUACACACACCAGAGCGACGUGUGGUCGUUUGGCGUGCUGAUGUGGGAGAUCUUCACGCUGGGCGGCUCGCCGUACCCUGGCAUCCCCGUCGAGGAGCUCUUUAAGCUGCUGAAGGAAGGACAUCGCAUGGACAAACCCUCCAACUGCACACAUGAACUUUACAUGAUGAUGCGUGAGUGCUGGCAUGCUGUUCCCACCCAGCGACCGACCUUCAAACAGCUGGUGGAGGAGCUGGACAGAGUGCUGCUGUCCAUCUCGGACGAGUACUUGGACCUGUCGACACCCUUUGAGCAGUACUCCCCGUCAUGCGAGGACACGUCCAGCUCCUGCUCCUCUGACAACGACUCUGUUUUUACCCACGAUGCCUUGUCCACUGACCCCUGCCUCCUGGGCUACCAGGACGUACGCUCCCGGAUAGACAUGAAGACGGCGCUCCGAUAGACACGCGACUGAAGACGCCCACACGCAUGCAGACACGAACACGAUGCUACAAAGGGGAAUCACAGCUUGGGGCUUUCAAGUAAUGCAACACAUCGUCUGGCGGCCAUAUUGGAGGUCCACAGCUGCAUUUCUAAAGUUAAAGUUUUUAUUCUCAUUAUGUUCUCCAGUGGAUUUCCAUUAUGGCACCAGACGAAGCCCUAAGACAGAGAUGGGCAUUUGUACAUGCACAUUAACACACACACACACACACACACACACGUGGAGCACUGAAGCACUGCUUCAACAGGUGAAGGUUUGAAGGAAAACAUUUCAUUGUGGGCAGCAGGAGAGAGGACAAACAAAACGUGGUACUUUGAACUAUCAGCUCUCGCACUCAACCCAACAGAACAGAACCUGGAACUCAAAACACCUUGAGAUGCUUUCUUUGAUCGGCUCUCCUUCAGAAGGGCGGUGGACAAAGAUCUCCUCACACAAACUCAACCCAAAACCCGGGCUUCAACCCUCGGUGAUAAAGACAUUUAAACAACAACAACAACAAAAAAGAUUUAUUUUGUUAUGAUAAAAAAGAAGAAACUGAUUGUUAAAUAUAAAUCUCUUUAUAUAAGAUUAUUUUACUUUUGUGUUGCUUAUUUAAAAAGAAAACGGUCUUAAAUCUCAGGAUCUCUUGUGCUAAGAAGUUGCUGUAGCGGCAGUGCCUGAAUUUAUGAUUUCCUGUGAAUAUAUUAGAAUAUUAAAAUAUUGUAUGUACAUAUCAACAGCAGAAAGACGAUUGCCUUUUAUAAAUUAUUCUGAAUGACACGAAAAUGAAGGUUAUUGGAGGCAAAAGGAAAGAGGAGUUUAAGUGCCAAACCCGUCGAAGCUUUCACAGCGUCUCCAUGUUCAGGUUUCAUUCCAAAACACCGACAGUUUAGACCUAAUGAUUUCCAGUGCUCUCCCAAAUGGAAAUGACCAAUUAAAACAUUGGAGACACUCAAAAAUACCAAACGAACAGCACACACACUUAAAAACUGGUUUACAUCAGCAACAUUUUGGACAAAAACAGCCUGUAUUUUGAGUCACGGCCAACUGAAGAACACAAAAUUCUCAUUUCCCAUCGACAAAUCAAACCUCAAAUCUGUGUGGUCAAAAAAAUUACGGAUGAGCCCUUAAAGAUGAAGUAAACUUGGGAAAUUUUGGAAUGAAACCCUCCAUUUGCAAUAAACUGCUUUGACCUCCAGCCCAACUAAACAGUUUGUGGUUAAACAGCAGAAUGAGCCCAGUUCUAGUUGCCAUUGUUGGAUGAAAACCACCAUUUUGUUUUAGUCUCAUGAACCGCAACGUAUUUGUUAUGUUUUAAAAUGCGUUUUCAAAGACCCCAAAGGUCAUGAUGUAAUGCACUCAUUUACACGUGUGUGCAACCAGGUAGACUUUGAGACGACAUGACGUGGUCUUCCUCUAACAGCAGCUUCACUCUGUCAGUGUCCAGGGUGGGACUCGUCCUGAAAGGAGGACUGGAGAUUCAGCAUGGGGACUCUGUUGGGGAGCUGGCCCAAGCCCACUGUUACUGCUGACAAGGAGGGGAGGCCUGGGGAGGCCUGGGGAGGGAGGGAGGGUGAGGGUGGGGGGCACUGAAUGUGAAAGCCAGUGUGAUUGAUUUCAAAUAGGAGAGGAGGGGGAGGGACACUCUUUGUCUGGCUGUAACCCUUCACCCAGCCCAGUCUGUUGGCGAGGGGUCCUCAAGUCCGCAGCCUGGACGGACAAUGAAGGCUUUGCAGGCUCAAUGGGUGUGACUGUGGACCAGAGGGAGCUCUGGGGGGCUGCUGGUGUGGGGAUAGCUUGGGCUUGUGUGCAAAUGAAGAGGCUCUUAUUAUGAUAAUGUGUCCUCUUCUCUCCCAAAUGCCCCUAUCUUUAUCCCCAUAGCCACCAUCUUUUAACUUACAAAUCUUAAUUCAGAUUCACCACUGCCACCUGGGCCAGCUGCAGGGGAGUCCCCUGUGGGGUGAAAUGCCAACCGAAUCCCAGUCCACCUCCUGAAUCUGACCACAAACAAAACCCAGUGACACAAAGCAGAUCGAACUGUAUGAUCAGUUAAUAUCUUCCCCAGAUCGGACACUUUGCUUCUGGUCAAUAGUGAACAUGUACGUGUCCAAUUCAUUAAAAUGUCUCCUUCAGUCUCCUGAAAAAGAAAGAAAAGGUUUGGCUGCAUCACUGCUUGUAUUGUGCCAUAACUCUGUGGAGCCUUUUUUUAGUUCAGAUGUUUGGUUUCAUUCCCAAAUGUUCUAAAUGCAUCAUCAUUUUGUCAAUUUAUGUAUCUUUUCUCCUCAUUUCUUUACAUUUUAUGCUGUCAGCUGGUGUCUCUGAUGGACAUUUGGACCGAAGCUCUUUGGCUUCCAUACACGAAGUGUCCGGAUAAUCUCACAUCUUUACAUUCCAGCUAUCUGCUCUUCUCCCAGAUACAAACUGUAAACAAUCACAAUGUUCUUAAAACAUUUCCUCAAGAGAAUUAUUUUAGAAAUAUCUAAUUUAUUUGUUUAUUGUUUUGUUUUUAUAAGAAAUAAAGUAUAAUUUAAAAUAAA